CGGACCCUUUCUCCCCUUAAUCUCCACUGAAAAUAAGGUUUUAUAAGUGAAGGAAGCAGAAAUUGCACAUAGUUGGUAUCAUCUCUUCCACUUUUCCCCAAAUAGGAAUAACAUAUUUCUUUUAUCUUUGACUUCGCGGUCAGUCGGAUGAUGCACCAGCAACAAUGACGUGAUAUUUAUUUAUUUAUUUAUUUUUUCUGCGAGUCCUGACAAUCUAAGACAGCGCUGUGCACAAGAGGGUUUGCCUAUACAUAGAUAUAAAUAUAAAAGUAAAAAACCUUCAACUCUUGGAAAAACAACAAUUGACUUAAAAACGCGAGCGCCAUUUCCGGGCUCGUGACAUCGGCUAUAGUGGAGCGGGACGUCGGUGUGAGGGGCACUGGGAGCGGAGCGGUGUCAGUUAACAUACCGGUUCUGGUGAACGACAGUAUGGCAGCGGGAAAAGGAGCUGGGAAGCCCUCAUCGCUAUGGGACAACAUGCAGAUACGGUUUAUCGUUUGCUUCCUUGGAGUUUUUGUGUGUUAUUUUUAUUACGGAAUACUACAAGAGACAAUCACGCGGGGUGAUUAUGGUCAGGAGAAGUUCAUAUUUGCCCGGACAUUGGUCUUCAUCCAGUGCAUCAUCAAUGCUUUGUUUGCUAGAAUAUUGAUCCAAUUUUUUGAGGGCUCUAAACCAGAUCGCACAACAAACUGGCUCUAUGGCCUGUGUUCCCUUUCUUAUCUGGGAGCCAUGGUGUCCAGUAACUCUGCCCUUCAGUAUGUCAACUACCCCACACAGGUGUUGGGGAAAUCCUGCAAGCCAAUACCAGUGAUGCUCCUCGGUGUGACAUUACUUAGGAAGAAGUACCCACUGGCGAAGUACCUGUGUGUGCUGCUGAUUGUCACUGGUGUUGCUUUGUUCCUCUACAAACCCAACAAGAGUUCAGCUGUUGCUGAUGACCAUAUUUUUGGUUUUGGAGAGAUUCUGUUGUUGGUGUCUCUGACGUUGGAUGGCUUGACUGGUGUGGCCCAGGACCACAUGAGGGCUCGCUUCCAGACGGGUGCCAAUCAUAUGAUGCUCAAUAUCAACAUGUGGUCCACUCUGGUACUGGGACUCGCUGUCUUGUGGACAGGGGAGGUGUGGGAUUUCCUUAGUUUCACUGAGCGCCACCCUAAGAUCUUCUACAAUAUUCUUCUGUUUGGACUAACGAGUGCUUUAGGCCAGACCUUCAUCUUUAUGACGGUAGUGUACUUUGGGCCCCUUACCUGCUCCAUUGUCACCACUACAAGGAAGUUCUUCACCAUCCUCGGUUCUGUUAUUUUAUUUGGCAACGUCAUGAGUACAAUGCAGUGGGCCGGCACCAUCAUGGUGUUCCUUGGUCUUGGAUUGGAUGCUAAAUUUGGCAAAUCCCCCAAGAAGACAACACGCUGAAACACCCGGAGCACAUGGGAGCAGCAGACUAACAUUAUAAUGCAAACAGAAACACUUUAUAGCCAUUAUCUUACUUUCAGAUGACAUCCUGUACUGAUAAACUGUAUGUGCCUAUGGUUCAUUUGAUUAUGGUUAGAUAUUUCACUGUAUUUAAAAGUCAUCAUAGCUUUCAGCUGCAGCUUAUUAUGUACUGUUGACAUAUGGAAGAGAUGUGUUCUACGUGGGAUCAUACUUUUGUAGAGGAAUUUGAACUGAAAGAAAUAUAGAGGGCUGAGAUGUAAAUGUCAAAUGUAUGUUUAUUUUCUUGUCAUUUAAAAAAAAAAAAGUAAACGGUUCUAUGUAACUUGUUCUUACAUCCAAGUAUUUCUAUUUUUAUUUUCUACAAUUUUA